GAGAAGAAAGAUUGGGAAGAUAAUGAGUUAGUGGAACGUGAAGCGGAGCGCGAGGGGUUGGGUGAACAUGGCGAACCGGCCUAUAUAACCGAGGAGCACCAGAAGGAGCUAGAAAAGAACAUGUCGUUGGAGAAUGGUUUCAAUGCUCUGCUAUCGGAUUUAAUAUCGGUGAAUCGUUCGGUGCCGGACGCUAGGGAUCCAGGUUGUCGACACAUCAAGUACCUCGCCAAACUACCGUCCACCAGCGUUGUCAUUCCUUUCUACAAUGAACACAUCAGCGUUUUGCAGCGCACUCUACACAGCAUUGUGAACCGCACGCCACGCGAAUUGCUGCACGAAAUUGUAAUCGUCGACGACAGCAGCGAUCGUGAGUAUCUGAAAACUCAACUUGAGGAAUAUGUAUCGGAGCACUUCGGUGGCCUCGUCACCAUCAUACGUUUACCCGAACGAUCUGGUCUGAUAGCGGCACGCUUGGCGGGCGCACAUGCAGCUACCGGUGACGUGUUGGUCUUCUUUGACUCGCACAUCGAGUGCAAUUAUAAUUGGUUGCCACCAUUACUCGAGCCGAUCGCUGUCAAUUACAAAAUAUCGACUUGCCCGAUUGUGGACGUAAUCAAGCAUGAGCAUUUUGGCUACACGGGGCUACACCAAACGGGAGCGCGUGGUGCGUUCGAUUGGAAGCUAAGUUACAAGCAGCUGCCUUUGCUGCCGGGGCAAAAUCAGAAUAACACAGAGCCUGUUUCUAGCCCCAUUAUGAUGGGUGGCCUCUUCGCGAUUAGCAGACAAUUUUUCUGGGAGUUAGGUGGCUACGAUGAAGGACUAGAUAUUUGGGGCGCAGAACAGUACGAGCUGAGUUUUAAGAUUUGGAUGUGCGGUGGCAUGCUGUUCGACGUGCCAUGUUCACGCGUGGCGCACAUCUUUCGGGGGCCGAUGAGCCAGCGCCCAAGUCCUCGAAAGCACAACUUCUAUCUGAAGAACAACAAACGCGUAGCAGAGGUGUGGAUGGAUGAAUACAAGCAGUACGUGUAUGAGCGCAAUCCACAGGAGUACGAAGGUGUGGAUGCCGGAGAUUUGACAGCGCAGCGUGCUGUACGUGAGCGCCUCAACUGCAAGUCCUUCAAGUGGUUUUUGGAGGAGGUCGCACCUGAUCUUCUAGAGAAUUUCCCACCCAUCCAACCGCCUUCCUAUGCUGCCGGUACGAUCCAAAGCCGAGCUUAUCCGCACUUCUGCUUGGACACCAUGGGCAAAGGCAGCGAGCAUCCUGUAGGUCUUUACUACUGCGCCGAAAAUAAAACACAUCCGCAUAGCAAUCAGUACUGGCAACUGAGUUAUGCGCGUGACCUACAGCACCAAGAUGGCGAUAUCUGCUUGGACGUGCAGUCCGUACAGGAGAAUGCCACCGUGUGGAUGUGGACAUGCCAUCAGCAAGGUGGCAAUCAGUUCUGGUACUAUGACCGCGAACGUCAAUGGUUGGUACACGGACGUAACGGGCAUGCCUGCCUGGAAGCUGUCGUUGAAGGGGACACGCAUGCGGUCUAUGCGAACAUGUGUGACAAUUCGAAUACGCGCAUGAAGUGGAGCUUUGGUGUGGUCAACAACACUGCAUUGGAUGCCUUCUAUGAGGGAUUGUCCGAUGAGUGA